GAGAUGCAAAACAACUCGCGCAGGGUCAACAUGCCGUGCGGGUCAAUGUCACCGAAUCUCACCUGCGAGCACACCGCGAGGAGCUGAGCUGGACCGAACCGGCUCAGGUGGGCAGAUCCGGAUACAUAAGAGCCACUUUGAGACCAGGUGCGUCCGUCAGUCCGUCCGUCACCUGUCGUCCGUGAGCGAAACACCGAGGAGCAGCGUCUCGGUUUAGGCAGUGACCUCCUGAGGUGGUGACCCCGAUCUCCCGGUCCCUCCUUCCCCUCUCUCUUCCGCUCAUCCUCCCAGUCAUCCGUCCAUCAGUCCAUCAUGUCGACCACAGUUUGCAGGCUGGUCGUGUUGGCGAUGCGUUCUGCCUGCUGCCACACGCGCGGCACCAGAGUCUGUUUGCGUCAGGCGGUGUUCGCUCCCGCGGGCCCCCAGGGGUCCUGCGCUCCCGGGGCCCCCGCACCCCAGAGGAGGGCCUACAGUCUCGACUCUCUCUCCUCGGGUCCUGGUCGGCCCACGCUCGGCCACAUCUCCCAGCAGCCCCGGGGCGAGAGGACGUCCCCCUCCUCAGCACUCACACACAGGAACCUGUCUGCUGUGGCUGUGCAGGGUCAGCGUCGUCCUCUGUGCCGCUACGACUUUCUGGACCUCGGGGAGGUAGAGGAGAACGUCCGCCAGGCUCAGGCCUGCAAAAAAGUGAGACACUUUAUAGUAGAUCCCAGCCUGGCUCAGGUGGUGACUCAGCACCUCGGACCUGACCUGGAGGACAGCAAGGCUGCCAUCUUCGAAUGUAACCCAGGUCCCGGGGUGCUGACGCGAACUCUGCUGAACGCUGGAGCUCAGAGAGUCGUGGCUCUGGAAGGGGACAAGAACUUCAUAAAGGAUCUCCAGGAGCUGGAGGGUCGUCUUGACGGUCAGUUAGAAGUGGUCCACUGUGAUUAUUUUAAACUGGACCCCCUUGGCAGCGGACAGCUCAAACCCCCUGUCAUGUACAGUGACAAGCUCUUCACUGACCUGGGAAUAUCAGAAACUAGCUGGACUGAUGACAUCCCAGUGAAGGUGGUGGGGAUCGCGCCCCAGCGGAACGAGCGCAGCAUGCUGCUGAAGAUGGUGUACGCUCUGUUUGAACGACUGUCCGUCUACAGAUAUGGACGGGUCGAGCUCAACCUCUUCAUAAGCGAGAAGGAAUACCUGAAACUGGUGGCCCGUCCAGGCAACAUGAUGCACUACAGAGCCUUCAGCGUCCUGUGGCAGAUGGCCUGUGAUAUCGAGCUGCUGCACAAGGAGCCCUGGGAGUCGUUUGUAGUGUCUUCAAGACAAGGUGUGCCUGUUUCCAAGGGCAAGCUUCCUAAUGAUCACCUGUGCCUGGUGCGUCUGCGUCCACGAGCUGAUCUCUUCUCUUCAGGCCUGACUCCUUCCAAUGCGAGCACUCUUAUGCUGAUGGUUAAACAGUGUCUGGCCAAAAGGAAAGUCAAGCUCAUCGACAGGCUCAAUCUCUGGUCUCCGGACAGCGGGGGUAAACUGUUAUCAGAGAUGGGCAUGCCAGAGGACAUCCUGACAGGCCACGUGUAUCCAGAGGAGUACCGUCAGCUGUUUCAGCUCAUGGAGAAGAGCCAGGAGUUCACACAGAGCUGGCUCUAUGAGGAGAUCCUGGAGAACACACAGAGGGAGGGCUGGGCCUAGAUGAACAUGGACAUGUAGAAAUCAUAGGCAUCAAAUUAUUGAAGUCAUACACCAAGAAAAUGUAUAAUAUAAAAUAAUAUAAUAUAAUAUGAUGCAAAUUUUUUACAUGAAAUACGCACAUCAGCAAUAGACACAGAACAUGUCCGUGUACACAUACAAAACAACAGUCAUAAGAAAACACAUGGAAAUGACUCUGGAAUGAAACUGAAUGGAUGGACUGUUCCAAGUGUUGGGAAUGCUUGAAGGUGUGUGUAAAAGAGUUUGGCUGCUCAUCUGCAGAUGUAAUCUCAUCACAAAAGUGCUUCUUUUUUGGCCCACACCUCACAAAAAAAAAAAAAUGGGUGAGUGAAAUGAAAAUGCUGUCAGAUUCCUGUUCAAUAAAAGGUCAUGGUGGUAAUGACUGAGAGGAUGCACAGUAAUGGUUAGGUCAUGCAAAACCAGGUCACAUCUGGUGUGUAAAUUAUCUGCCGUAUGAAUUCUGCGGUUGUAGUGCUAAUGCUUUACGUUUGGUAACGCAGCAUAUGGUGACUGGUUAUUGUGGAAGUCCCAUAUACACACAUUAGUGCUGUAGGAUUUUCCAGAUGGACUUACUGGGUGCAGCAAGGACUGCAUCUUUAUUUGCAUGAAAUGAAUGUAGGGUUCCUGAAGACCUUCAUGGCUUGUAUAUUUUUGUAUAUUCAUUCUGAGUGUAUAACCUUGUCUCAAUGCUCUUCUGUUUUAUAGAACAUAAGCUAUUUAUCUAAUUAUAGUAAUUUGUAACAAAUCAUUAAAUCAGAAUUUUGUGAACUGAUUUAGGGAGGUGGUGUCGAAAUGAGUCAAGUCUGUUUUUUUUUUUUUUUUUGUUCCACUAGAUCACCUGAAUCAGGGUCAUUUUCAGACCCAGUCCACAGGCUUGGUUCCGAGUUGCCUAAACUUAAAAGACAAAUCUUUGGGUUAUGCCUUUGCAUUGUGCCCAAAGGUUGAGGAACGUGCUUUUAUGUGGUUUUAUGACAUAUGUAUGUAUUGCAGUAAUACACCUGUGUCAAAAAAGUUUCUGAAAUAAAUGGUUUUACUGUGAA